AGUCGUGUGGCGCGCGCAGAUCGUAGACCCACUGGUUUCCACAAACCUGACUAAACAGCAAGCGUCUGCUGCAGACGUCAACCCAUUACUAAAGACCGUCGAGUAACAGCUUCUUUACAUGGGCAGUAAGAGGCUAUAGGGUCUUACCGGAGAGUGUGCGGGACUUUCCACAACUUCCCCUUUGUGGAAUGGAUGCUUCAGCCUCUGCACUGACGUGCGUCUACUCUUUUCUGACGGGCACACAGUGACAAGUUUUAUCCCCCACCCAAACAAAAAAAAAAAAAACCUUUAAGACCCCCUCCUUUCAAAAAGCAGGUCGUUGUUGUAAAAGGUAUUCCACAUGUUCCGGUGAAACGUGCUUCAAACGAUCUGUUGUGGCUACGUUUGAGGAAGAUCGCCUCAGAGAUUGCAACACUUUGGCAGUGACUCACAUGAGCUGCUGGUGCAGACUAAAUGUUUGCUAGCUGGCUUGUGUGUUAAGUGUGCUGCUGCUCCUUGAAACCACAGAAGAAGCCGCAAGGUUAACCAAGAUCCCUAAAACCAAGUUUCAAAACAUGAAGUUCUAGGUUCUGAUGACCUCCGAUUAAAAGUAUAAUUACUCGUGUAAUUGCACAGCCAUACUGAACACGUUACAAAAGGAAAUCGCUGUCCUUAAACAAUAUUUCACCAUUUAUUUUCUCGGGACUUGUCAGCUACUGAAAAAGCACUGCAGCUCGGCAGGUUGAACUACUGAAACUGACUGACUGCUACUGCACAUGUUUUACUUGGGAUCUGUAAGAACCGAUGUUAUAGUCUUAAGCAACAUUUUGCAUAGCAGCCACAAUCUUGUUAGCUGAUCUACUUGGGGGUUCAUUUUUGUUAUGGUUAAUUCCACUGGAAGUAACAGAAAGGUUACCAACGCCAGGGUUUGUGUGAGUGGUUAUACUACUGGAAUAAAUACUAAGCAAAGAACUAUACAUCAUGGUAGCAGCUUUAUUUGGGAGAGAGCAUUAAGGUAGCACUAUUUCCGAGCACAUUUUGGAGAGUUUAAUUACUGGCCCUAAGGACUUCGGGACUUAACGUACACUUCUGACAUUUGUGAGUUUCCGUUGCUAAAGUCUUGAGAAGACAUUCAUGACUACAAUUUGUAGGGUACACUUGGACUUAACACCAAAGUCUAAGCGUUGUUUGUGCUUUAGUAGUAGGUGACAUUAUUAAAGUAUCACCUUUUUAAUUAAAGAACUGCUUUUGUAUUACAUCUGGUUUGUAUUCAUAGACAAACUUCAACUCACAGUGUCUGUUUUGGUCGUUUUUUAAAGAGUUGUUGUGAUGCGUAUCCCUAUAGAUACCAGCACGAGCCGCCGCUUCACCCCGCCCUCAGCCACCUUGAGCCCCGGGAAGAUGAGUGAGACACUACCUUUGGGGGUGCCGGAGAACAGCGCCACCCUGGUGGGAAAACUGAGAAGUACAGACCGAAAUAUGGUGGACGUUUUGGCAGAUCAUCCUGGAGAGCUGGUCAGAACGGACAGUCCGAAUUUCUUGUGUUCUGUGUUGCCCACACACUGGAGAUGCAACAAAACUCUACCCAUCGCGUUUAAGGUGGUGAGUCUGGGGGAUGUACCAGAUGGCACUCUGGUGACAGUUAUGGCAGGCAAUGAUGAAAACUAUUCGGCAGAGCUCAGAAAUGCAACAGCUGCCAUGAAGAACCAAGUAGCCAGAUUUAAUGACCUGAGAUUUGUGGGUAGAAGUGGAAGAGGGAAAAGUUUUACCCUUACAAUUACUGUUUUUACAAAUCCACCACAAGUGGCCACAUACCACAGAGCCAUCAAGAUCACAGUGGAUGGACCACGUGAGCCCAGAAGGCAUCGUCAGAAACUAGAUGAGCAGACAAAAGCUGGUGUCUUGUCCUUUUCAGAGCGCUUGAGUGAGUUGGAGCAGUUGCGUCGAACAGGCAUGAGGGUCAGCCCUCAUCACCCUUCUCCCACCCCAAAUCCAAGGCCAUCUUUGAACCACACUGCUGGUUUUAACCCCCAGCCACAGACUCAGAUCCAGGAUACAAGGCAAGUCCAGCCCUCCCCACCAUGGACAUAUGACCAGUCUUAUCAGUAUUUGGGGCCAAUUGCAACAUCUUCAGUCCAUCCAGCAACACCAAUUUCUCCUGGACGCCCAAGUAGCAUGGCAUCUUUAACUGCUGAACUUUCUACCAGACUUUCAGGUGCUCCUGAGAUAACAGCAUUUGGUGACCCUCGGGUGAGCAUUGACCGUCAGUUUUCUACCUUACCUGCAAUCUCUGACAGCCGCUUUACUGACCCUCGUAUGCACUACCCUGGAGCAUUUCCUUAUUCUACAACUCCAGUAACAUCUGCAAUAGGAAUAGGUAUGCCAGCCAUGACAACUGCAUCUAGAUAUCACACAUACCUGCCCCCACCAUACCCAGGCUCCUCCCAGGGUCAAAGUGGACCUUUCCAGACCAGUACUUCACCAUAUCAUCUCUAUUAUAGCACAUCAGCAGGGUCGUACCAGUUUUCUAUGAUGCCAGGGGGAGACCGAUCACCACCACGUAUUCUACCUCCAUGCACUAAUGCUGCCACAGGAUCUACUCUUCUCAAUCCCAAUCUUCCAAAUCAGAAUGAUGUGGUAGAAGAUGAAGGUAGUCACAGCAAUUCUCCAACUAAUAUGGGCACAGUAGCAAGGCUGGAAGAAGCAGUAUGGCGGCCAUAUUAAAUUAUGAAGUCAUGCAUAAGCAAGGGAUGCUAUUAAAAAUUUAUGCAUUUUAAAGACAUAUAGGAUGAUUCCCCAAAAGGGAAUUUUGAAAGGACUGUGAAUGCUUCCAAGUGGCGCUGUGAAUUCAAAAAGACAAUUUUUUACAUUCUUUUUUAUUAUUAUUAUUAUUUUGCCAAUGUUGUAAAUGAGCUUUCUCUUUGAUGCAGCUCAGCUUACUUUCUUUUUUUAAUCCUUGCUGGAAACCUGCGUUUAUUUUUAUUUGUGAUGUUAGCACCUUAUGUUUUAUAAGGCUUUCAUUUUUUUUUAACAUUUUGAAAAGUUGUUAUCUUUGGUAUGACAUCUUUCCUUGCUAAAUCACUGAAAGUCAUCAACCUGCCUUUAAGUAAGUUUCACUCGUCUGUGAUCUAAAUAUUGGGUCGUGUUGAACUACUGUGCAACCAUAAUGAGAGGGGUCUUUAAUAUUUAUGAAUUAAUGUUUUUUUUUUCAUUUCUUGCUAAACAGUGACUGUAUUAUUUAACUUUUUUGUAUAUAAAGGCUAUGUGUAGCAGCAGGUAAGCACUCCUGAGUUAAAAACAUAGAGAACAGGUUUUAACAGUGAUGGGUAACCUGGCAAAUUGAAAUCUGCACACAGUACUGCUUUACAAGGUGAUACCUCCCCAUUCCUUCAUGACCAGCAUUCCAAAUGCAUUGAUUUAAAGGACUGAUAUUCCUACUUUAAACAAAUGUCGGUAGAGAAUUUCAUUUAAUUCAUUAAGGUACUAAUUAGCAGAAGGGUGCCAUAGAUUACAAAGCCUGCAGAAUAUCUUUUACAUUUACAAAUUCCAGUUCUUGCACUAUACUCAGUUAAAAGUGAGAAUGCAACAGCAACUUUCAGAAUGACAUUCUGUAUGUAGCAUCUUUUUUGUCUUAUUGUCAUGUUCAGAAGAUAAUUAUUAUUACUGAUUGUUAUGAAGGUAGAUUGUCAUUACAAUGUUAUGUGCAUUUUCUGGAAGCCAGUCACACAUUUUGAUAAAAACUGUAAACAGUGAUAUGGUGGUAUACUUGUAGUUGUUGAAAUGUUGAGGCUUGUCCUGCAAGCAAGCCCCUUUUCAAACCAUAUGAAGUUCCUGCCAUGCAUGCAAUGUUUACCUCAGAAGGAGGCUGCCCUAGAAUGUUCUGAGUAGUUCUUCAGUCUCAUAUAGCUACAGUUAUCUGACAUACUUUAUGACAUGCAAAGUGUUUUAAACAUUAUGUGUAAAGCAGGUCUGAAACCAUGGUCUGUGGCAGGUUUGAGACCAUGACCUAUCCUGCAUCAUUUACCUGUAAGACAGAUUAUUAUCUCAUCAGGUUUAAAUGCAGUGUAACAGCUAAGCAAUUCUUGAGCACCGUAGUAUGGCACUCAUGGAAGCUACUGUGAAUGAUGUAGUAGAAUAGAAACACCUUGUCAAAUGUUACCCAUCACCAAGUUUUAAAUAUAUGAGAUGUUAGAAGUCACUGUUAAUUGUUCUGGCACUAUUUUAUUUGAGAUGCUGGUCUUAAUGUAGUUGAUGUUGUCUCCAGUCCAGCUGCCAAAUGAAAAUGUGUGUUUUUUUAAGUAAUCAUAUUGAAUCUUAUUUAAUUCUCCUUUCACAAGAAAAAGCAUUUACUUGUCAUCUCAAAAGACAUAUUUAACAGCAGAUAUUUUAAUCUGAUGUGAUGUUAAAUGAUGACUGAAGCUUGUGAGGGAGACCAUGGGCUGCAGGCAGCAAAAUAGCUGGACUGUUGUUUUAUUUAAAUCAAUUUGUUUUUGUAUUUUCUUUUUGAUUUAUUUAAAAUAGUUUAUGUUUCCUUUUGUAUUUGCUAUGACUGAUAAGGUACAGUAUCCCUUUAUAUGAUUGAACUAGACUCAUCAGUCUAGUAAAAAGGGAGGCCAUUCUGCAGACUGUAAUAACAUUUACUACACCUUUCUGUAGUAGUAGUGUAAGACUAGCCUAUUCAGACUCUGUGCUGUCAUAGCAACCUUGUGCUUCCACUUGGGCAUGUUGCACUGUACAUCUUCACUGCAGAUCCAUUUUGUUUUAGCUGGUACUUUAUUUCUACUGGAACAUUACUCUUUCGUUGUACAUAUGAGAGUGUAAGUCACGUAUAUACUAGGACACAGAGUCAUAAUGAAUAAAAUGUACAUCUUGUAGGAAGUAAGUUUUAUGACCAAGUGUUACACAAAACUGUAAAGAAUGAAAAGCACAGCUUGCAAUCCGUGGAAUUCAUAACAUGUAGCACUGGUAAAAUGCUCAAUAUUCAACAGGGUCAGGUCCAUUUUUUUAAACUUUGCUUGUUUCGUGCCAUGAGAUUAGAUAUGAUCCUAAACUAAAUGUUAAUGUACCUAAUUGCAAUAAAAUUUAACUUAAAUAAAUACCUAGCUAUAUUCCAUGAAACACAGAAAGUUGGCAAAACACACCCAAUUAUAUUGAGCAUAACUUUAUUAAUGCUACUCGUUUGUGAAUCUCAGGGAAUGUUAGCCAUAGUACCUGAGAUUGUAUGUGAAGUUUGAACAGUUUGACUGAAUAUGUGAUGUUACUUUGCAGGAACACUGACCCCCUUCUUCACACUGUAUGAGAACAGUUUUGAGCCUUGUGCAGUUAUCCUUUUAAUGAAGGAUAGUUCUCCUUGGGCUUGAACUAUGUUGCAUCACAUACAUUCUAAUGUGACAAAAUAUUCAGCAUUUUCAGUCACUUUCAGAUAGUCACCACAAGCACUGUUUGGAAAUCAGAUACUUAUUUUGUUGAUCAGGUUCGUGUAAAACUAAUAUUUAUUUGUCUGUUAUUCUUCCAGUAGAGACUCUGAUGAUAGAAACAUUUUUAACUUUUUUUAGUAUAUACUACUAUUUUUUUCUUUGUUGACCCAAAAAUAACAUAAAGCUGCCAAUUUUGUGUUGCUCACUGUUGAAGUAUUUUAGAAUUUGUUGUGCUUUUGGUUAGGUGAUACUUUUUUGGCAGAGCAUUUUACUUAUGCAUUUAUGGUGCAAAUCAUUCCCUUUCUGGUAGUUUAAAAGCUCCAGAUGUAGUACUGGCUGUCCAUUGUGCUAUAUAUAACAUUAUUUUGGCCAUUGUUACCAAUUAUAAAAUUGUAUAAUUGUCCAUGAAAUUGUUAAGUUAUAAUUCUUUAUUAGCAUAACAUAGUAAAACAACAUAAAACAUUGACUUGCAUUGCAGCCAAGGAGGUGUAAGUGUCUGCUUUCCCUCUCUGAUACCAUAUGCUGCUUCAAAAAUUUGAUGACAAGGAAGUAUAACCAUAGCAGUUGUGGUGGGCAUUUAGCCUUAUGUAACCAGCAAGCUUGGAAAAGAAAAAAUGUACUUACCUGAAUUUCUUAAAGAUUAAUUUUGAAUAACUGUAAGAUUGCAUGGACUCAUUGUGGUGUAGCAAAUAGUCUGUAAUACUAUCAGUUUAAGACUCUACAUAGAUGCAAUAGGUAACACCCAUUAUAAAUACACUGAGAUGUGCUCUAAUGUAGAGGAUUUUUAUCAGUCCUUCGAUCACAUCUGCACUGUUAUGUGUUCAAAACUUGGAUGCCAUAAAAUUCACCCCGACAGGAAGCAUGAGAAGUGAAUCUUGGCAUCCAUGUCAGUAACACAUAAUAAGUUACGAUCGGAUACCUGAUCAUAAUUCUUUGUAGUUUAUGGAACUUUAUCUGUUCCUUGUGCUAUUGGUUACUGAAAGCCAGUGAAGACAUCAACACGCAAUGGUUGUACUUUGUGACUAACAUGGGACCCGAUAUUAAUAGCAUUUAGAAAAGUGCCUUUCUAAUCACUGUGAAUAGCGGCUCUUGAGUUAGUAUAGUGCUUAAUUAACUUAAGGUGUUCUUCGUGUUUCACUGUUGCAGUCAUCACCUGUGGGUUAUCCCUGCUGUGGGAGCCCUCAGCCAGCCUGAAUACCAGAGUCAAUGUUUUUCUG